AUGAUUCUUAAAGAAACCUUUGUGGACAAUAUUACAGGCGGAGCACCAACUGUCCAGGAAAUGAUUGCGAAUAAGGAUGAAAUGAUGAACAUGCUGCAUCGCGGCGGUUUCGUUGCACGAAAAUUCACCAGUAAUAGUCAAACAUUUUUAGAAACGGUGGACGCACCGGAUCUGGAACCCCCUCUCUCAUGGGAUGACUCGCCCGACCGUGCUUUCGCUUUUUUAGGUUUAAUUUGGCUACAUAAUGGAGAUUGUUUUGCGUACCGAGUAAACCCCGGCACUCGACCCUUCACAAAACGCGGCAUCAUCAGUACAACUUGUAGUAUAUUCGACCCCUGCGGCUGGUUAGCGCCCGCAGUAUUUUUAGCUAAGGCUCUGAUACAACAGCUCUGGAUCACGAAAAUAGAUUGGGACGACCCGCUCCCCGCAGAGCUAACUAAGCAAUGGACCACUUUUCUGGCGGAUCUACCAAGCCUGAAAAACCUGCGCAUCCCACGUUUCAUUCCAGGUCUGGAAAACCCGAUACAAGUACAUGGUUUUUGUGAUGCUAGUGAACGCGGCUAUUGUGCGGUCGUAUACCUGAGAACGCUGCUACCUAGCGGCGACAUCGAGACAACUUUACUCCAGACAAUUGGGCGCAUAGCUCCAUUGCAGCGCGUAACUUUACCCCGUUUAGAGCUAUGCGGCGCCGAUUUGCUCUGCGAACUACUUCAAGCAGUUCUCCCGAGCUUGAGAGAUCAUCAUGUGAUAGAGAAAAUUCACGCCUGGUCCGACAGCACCAUUACUCUACAAUGGAUUUCGACCCCGCCGUACAAGUUAUCCACGUACGUCGCUAAUAGAGUUUCCCGGAUUCAGACCAGCGAUCCCGAGCUCCUCUGGGGGUACGUACCCUCAGCUCAAAAUCCCGCCGAUUUGGGAUCACGCGGCCUCAUGCCGUCACAGCUUCUAAAUAGCACACUCUGGUUUCAUGGACCCGAGUGGCUGAAAGCGCCUUCAUCAGAAUGGCCUAGGCAACCCGCCGCACUCUCUACAGACACAUCUGAAUUAAAGAAG